CUGCCUGUUUCAGCCCUGCUGUGAAGGGGAAGUGUAGGGAAAGUGGGGCUGCAUUUGCUCCAGGGCCACUGCCCCUCCGGUGGCAGCUCCGGACUGAGACAUGGCCCCAUUGGACUCCCCAGGCCCUGGUGCCUGCUGCAUUCAGCCUCCUCAAAUACUUGUAGGAACAGUGUAGGAGCCCCGUGGGAGCCACACAAGCCUCGGGGGUGGAUUCCAAGACCCCUGGACAACUCUGGACAGAGUGUUUUCUUGGGUGGGGGGAUGUUAAGGAUUGAAUUCAACCAAAUGGAGGACGAAGGGAGCCUUAUGCUGAGCCCACCAGGUCCUCAGGCUCACAGGCUCCAGAGUGCCCUGGUUCCCCGGCCUCAACCUGAGGAGCUCGGAGCAGCCUGUGAGCUAGAACGAAGGAAGCCUGCGGGUGGGAGGCCACCUGGCCUCUACAUUCCAGGCAGGCCUGGUCCCCAGGCAGCUCUGGAGGGGGACCUCUAUGCCUCCAGGAGGGCGGGAGUGGGAGGUAACUGCUCCCUUCCAAUUGGAGUUAAACAGGCAAACUGGGCGUCCUCACCCACCUUCUCUCUCCCCAGGAUAUCACCCUCACACUGGUCCCAGUCUAUAAGGGGCCUCCCCUCCCUGAAGCUGGGUGGGGACCCUGGCAUGGGAGGCUGAGUCAGGAAAUGGAGUGCACCCAUUAUUCCUGUCCCCUGGAGUGGAAGGGAGAUUCCCAGGGCGUUGGGUCUCUGCCCAAACCCAGGGGGCGGACCCACUUUUUCUGGUCUCUGGCCCAGCAGUCCCAAGACACAGGCCCAGAAUGCCCCCUGAUACUGGCCCAGGCCCACGCAGGCACCUUGGCCGAAGCUCCCCGACAGGAGUGGGGGCAAGCCUUGGUUCCAGGGUCCACACAGAGCGUUCCCAGCGCCUGCCAACGCCCCCGCCUCCCCCGCGGCUCACCUGGCCUUCAGGCGGCCGAAGGCCGUCCCAGGCCUCAGAACGCGUCCUCUGCCUUGGCCUUGAGCCAUGCGGGGUGGGGCGCUGGUUACUGCGGCCCCGGCCGGCCUCCCAACAGCCCGACCUCCGCCGCGUGCCCCGAGGCCGACCGGUACGCGCGGGCCCUUUAAGGGCCGGGGGCGUGUAGCGGCCCGCCCCCUCCCCGCCGCGCCCGGCCGCCGGUUAAAGGGGCCGCGCCCUGGGCCCCCGCCGAGUGCGAGCCCGGGCGGAGGGCAGGGCAGGGCGUGCGUCCGGGCGAGCGCGCGGGCUGGCUGCCCGUCCGCACCAUGUACACCAUCACCAAGGGGCCCAGCAAGCUGGUCGCGCAGCGCCGCACAGGUCCCUCGCAGCAGCAGGUGGAGAGCAGGCUCGGCGAGCUCCUGAAAUGCCGGCAGCCCGCGCCGCCGACCCCAUCGCCCCCGCGGGCGCAGCCGCCGGGACCCUGGCCCCUGUCGAGUGGCCCUCUCAGCCAAGGAGGACCCCCGAGCGGCGGUGGGGCACCUGAGCCCAGGAAGGCGAGCAGGCCGGCGGGACCGCGAGUGCCUGGCGGAGUGGCACGUGCAGCCCAGGACUCCCGGCUCCCACCUCCUGCUGUAGCGUGGCAGCAAGUGGAGCGGCAGCUGGGUGGUGGCCCAGCUGGCGAGAGUGGGCCCAGGCCCGUGCAGUAUGUGGAGAAGACCCCCAACCCCCGGCUGCAGAACUUCGUGCCCAUUGACCUGGACGAGUGGUGGGCGCAGCAGUUCCUGGCCAGAAUCACUAACUGCUCCUAGCCACCUUGGAAGGAACCGCUCCCCUGCAGGGCCCAAAUGAGCCUCAUGGUGGACCCCUGCCAGGAGAGGACCACGGCGCCCUGAUGAACUGCUGAGGCGGACCAUGCUCCACCCUGAGCCCGGCCAGGCGCCGGCCACACCUGAAGUGCCAGCAUUUGGACUUUUGCACCUGCUGACCCCUUGGCCCGGCUGUCCCAUGCUGCCAGGGGCUGAAACUGUCUGACCUCAAUCCUGCUCACUGUGCCCAGGGACCAGCCCCUAGGGCUGGCAGGGAGGAGCUCCAGGCUAAUAAUAAUAAUAAAGUCGAGAAACUGCC